UUCACUACUCGGCAAGUGUCAGCCUCUUCCUGCGCCAGCCCCGGAAGCCGAGCGGAGACAUCAGCACUUGCCGGUUCGAUUGGGAAGGAACAUCGUACGGAGCCUCUGUAGUACGCGCAGGAAGAUACCAUGAGCACAGGUUUGACGUUAGAAAAAACAGCCGCUUUUCGGAAAAAGCUGAAGGCUGAGCCCCGCUAUGUGCUGGCACAGAAUGUGGCGACGUGCGGCGAUCCCCUGGAGGUGUGCUUGCAAAGGCAGACAGUCCAGGACAGUGUUCAUGUCUUCCAGCACACGAUCCCUGCUGAGGGCAAACCAGUCACCAACCAGAAGAACUCCGGAAGGUGCUGGAUCUUUUCUUGUCUGAAUGUGAUAAGAUUACCUUUCGUUAAGAAGUUUAAUCUUGAAGAAUUUGAGUUUAGCCAGUCAUAUCUGUUUUUCUGGGAUAAGGUAGAACGUUGCAACUAUUUCCUAAAUGCUUUUGUUGAGACCGCGCACCAGAACGAGCCAAUUGAUGGAAGACUUAUGCAGUUCCUGCUUUCAAAUCCCAGCAAUGAUGGAGGCCAAUGGGACAUGCUUGUAAAUCUGAUUGAAAAAUAUGGUGUCAUCCCGAAGAAAUGUUUCCCAGAAUCCCACACAUCAGAGGCAACUCGUAGAAUGAACGACAUACUGAAUCACAAGAUGAGGGAAUAUUGUCUAAGGUUAAGAAACAUGGUAUCCAGUGGCUGUACUAAGGAAGAGAUCUCCGUAGCUUUGGACACUAUGAUAGAGGAGGUUUACCGAGUGGUUAGUAUAUGUCUGGGCAGCCCGCCAGAAACUUUCACCUGGGAAUUUAGAGACAAGGAGAAGACUUAUCACAAGAUUGGACCUGUAACUCCCCAGGAAUUUUAUACGGAGCAUGUAAAACCACUUUAUAACGUAGAAGACAAGAUCUGCCUUGUGAAUGAUCCUCGACCACAAAACCCAUUUGAAAAACUCUAUACUGUACAAUUUCUUGGGAAUAUGGCAGAAGGCAGAAAAACUCUGUAUAAUAACCAAUCUAUUGACGUGUUAAAAAAGCUGGCAGCUGCCUCCAUUAAGGAUGGAGAGGCAGUGUGGUUUGGAUGUGAUGUUGGAAAGCACUUUCAAGGAAAAUUAGGAAUCAAUGACAUGAAUGUAUUUGACCACGAGCUGGUGUUUGGGGUUUCUGUCAAGAACAUGAACAAGGCAGAGAGACUUAUUUUUGGAGACUCUCUGAUGACACAUGCCAUGGCUCUGACUGCUGUCACUGAGAAGGAUGGCCAUGAAGGUGAAUAUGAGAAAUGGCGAGUAGAAAACUCCUGGGGAGAUGACCGUGGAAAUAAAGGUUACCUCAUCAUGACUGAUGAAUGGUUCUCGGAAUAUGUCUAUGAAGUUGUUGUGGACAAGAAACACGUACCUGAGGAAGUUUUGGAGGUACUGAAACAGGACCCAGUGGUGCUACCAGCUUGGGACCCUAUGGGUGCUUUAGCAUAGAGAAGAAAAUAUUCAGUUUUUUAUUUUUCACUGUCCUUUCCUCACAAUCAAGACAGAAAUUUCCUCUGUUUAGCAGUGGAACAAUACAUUCAACCAAACAUUGCAUGUUUAACCAAGAACAAGAAGAUAAAUGGCAACAAAACCUGCGGGUCUGCUGUACCUCCAACCCCCACCGCUCAGGAAGAACAUCUAUGUCUAGCUCCUUCAUUGAUAUCAAUAUAUCACAUUUCCUCUGUUUUUACUCUUUUUUUUUUGUGUAGCAAUAUCUGCUAUAAAUUUUGGUGACGAGCUCUGCAGACAUCAGAAGUCUUGAAAAUAAAUAUCUUAACUUUUACCUUCUUGAAAUGUUUUAGACCAGUUUAGAGUGACAGUCUGGCAUACUACUCCUAGACCCGUAGAGGGCUUCUGGAGAUCCAUGACAAACAGACAAUUCUAGUUGAAUAAUCUGGAAGAAUCAAUUGCAACUGUCUCAUUGGCCGUACCUGUGGAUCAUGGAAAGCGAACAUCCGAUUGUUUGUGCUAUGGAUUCAGCAAGUUGGGUGGAUUAGGUUUUGUGGUAUAACUGGGCCCUUCUCAUCUAUAGUCAUUUUGUGAAAUGUUGUCUAACAUUGUAUAAUAAUUUUUACAUAUGUUUUUUUAGCGAAAUUUUUUUUUCCAACAGUUUUUAGAAGUCUUCAAAGUGCCACAUCCAAUAGCCAGCUGUUCAUUUGUAUCAGAUAAAAGCAGCCUUACAUCUUGUUGCACAGCUGUGGCAGAUUCAUUAAAUAAGGGCAUCUAGUAUAAAAAAACGAACAUAAACCAAUAGUUUAAAGGAAAUCUGUCAUCCCUGCACUUACCUGUUGGCAAAGAAAUGAAGUGCAGACGACAAUCAGACAACCAUACUUACCUGAUCCUGUUCCGUGCUCCCGCUAUCUUACUCGGCAUCUUCCGUUCUGACAUCACCAGUGCUGCCUCUCUUGGGCCUAUCUCUGCUGGCUUGUUAGCAAACAGCAGCGGUGACGUCAGAAAGCUCCGCCCAUGCUCCAAGUUGGCCCCGGAACAGAAAAUAUGGAGGAAGAUAGCGGAAGCACGGAACUGGAGCAGGUAAGUAUGGUUGUCAUCAGUGUCACCUGCACUAACCUGUCGGUACAGACAGAAAGUGCAAGUGACACUGAUCAUAGAUUUCCUUUUAAAGGGUUUGUCUGGUUUUCAGGACUCUCCUCCAGUAGUCAGAGCAGUAAGCAGCAUGCAAAGAGCAUUGUACCCUCUGGAGAACCUGAUACAUUCAUGCAUUACACAGUUUGAGUUCAGUGAGAAUUAUGUAAGGUUUUAUUUGUCCUACGGUGGUGCUGCAGAGCAAUAGAACACUUUUUGUUUUUGGGCCCAUCAGUAGGAAACGAAUUAAGACCCUUUUAAUGUUCUUUCUGAAUGUACUCUUAUUACAAGUCAGCGAAAACACUUGAGGGCACCUAUGACACCAAUACCCGGGAUUACAGUGUACUUUUAUACAAUAGGGUUGUACAACAAUAACAAAUUGUGGUGUUGUAAUUUUUACUGCCACCUAGGAGUCUGGGUCCGGCGCAAAUAGGAAACUUCUGCUGGACACAGAUGUGCAAAGUUUAAUAAAAUAUGGGCAUCUUCAUCCUGUUAAAGUCUAAUUAACUGCACAUUCUCUCUUACUCAUUUGGAUGGAAUUUAGGCAUCAUCGAUGUUCAAGGAAACAAACAGGACCUCUAAGGGAUUUGUGUUUUUAAUUUUUUUUAUUUCUUUCUCAUUUUUCUCAGAUUUUAGAUGGUGCUUUUUAAUGAAAACAUGACUCAGACCAUUGUGGAAUAUAAUAAAUUUGUUUUAUUGUU